UGGUUCAAUAAGCAUCAUCUUCGAGAAGAUGUAAUCUUACCAAAAAAUACAACACAAGAACGUGAGUUUGUUAAUUCUAUGUAUGUCAAACAUUUAUUAUACCUUAGAACAAAGAUUCUAGAAUAUGAGA